AAAGAUUAUAAAAAUAAAAUGAUAUUACAACCGUUUCUAUACGAAGAUGCAUCAUUCGCAUCUUCACAUUGUUAGGAUAAAUUUAACCUAAUCAAACACAAUUGAAUUUCGAGAGAAUUUUUUUUAUGACAGUAAUCACGAAAAGUCGUCUCUGCUCAGCAAUCGUCACAUGACAAUCUUGAUAAGCACGAAUCUUAUGCAUAUUAAUUUUUCUCUUAGAGAAAUCUCGAGAAGAAAUUAAAGGAAACGUUAUGGUAAGAUCUAAUUGAUAAAAUUUAGAACUUAUCGUUAAUAGAUAAUGAAAAAAAAUUCUAUCAUAGUCGACAUCACCGAACGUAUAAAUAAAAUAAUUCACGAUCAAAAUUUUUCGAUAUCUUUAAAUUUACUUGAUAAUUAUGAUAUUUUUACGUAUUAAUAUCAAAUAAAUUCAUAGAAACUAUUAAAUUACUGAUAAAUGAGAAUAUAAUGUAAUAUUAAAAAGAUUUCGAUGAAGAAAUAAUUCAUAAAUUAUUUGUCAAAAAGUAAUGAUAAAAAUUCUCGAACGAUACGUAAAUUGGAUCAUACUUUAAAAAAAAACAUAAAAAAAUUAAUAAUUCAAAAUCAUCGAUGACCGUUCUUUAUCCAAUAUUAUUAAAUAGCCAAAUCUAUUUUAUCUCGAAGAUAAUCUUAUCUCGAUGAGAGACUUCAUAUAAAUACUAAUUCGUGAAACGUAUAAAAUUUAAUCGAUCUUGAUUCAUUGCUGAAUGGAGAUUAUCAUCCGAGUGUAAUCGCAAUGUUUGUUAGAAAACUUUUGAUCGUCUUGGGUUUAAUAACCAUAAACAUCGAAGAAAUUUAUGGACAUGGUAUGUUAAUGGAACCCGUUAAUAGAAGUAGUGCUUGGAGGAAAGGAUUUCGUGUUCCACCAAAUUACGACGAUGACGGUAAUUUCUGUGGUGGUUUAAGCGAACAAAUACAAAACGGUGGUAAAUGCGGACUUUGCGGUGAUAAUUACAUUCUACCACGGCCUAGACCAAACGAGAACACUGGACGUUAUGGCAAGGGUAUCAUCGUCAAAAGAUAUCAAAAGGGUCAAAAGAUUAAUGUCGUAGCCCGUUUAACUGCGAACCAUUCGGGCUACUUCAAAUUACAAAUAUGCCCUCUCUCGAAUCCAAAAGAACUCGAAACCGAAGAGUGCUUUAAUCGUUACCCCUUGAAAUUGGAGAAUGGAUCAGAUAGAUACGUGUUAAAGAGUCACGCUGCCAAGGAUUACACCAUGAGUUUAUUAUUGCCAGAUAAUCUUACCUGCGAACAUUGUGUUUUGAGAUGGGAAUAUUAUGCUGCAAACAAUUGGGGUGUUUGCAAAGACGGUUCUGAAGGGAUGGGAUGCGGACCCCAAGAAAAUUUCAAAACUUGCUCCGACAUCAGUAUCUCAUAAAAUGUAUUCUAACUGUCGAUGAUGUUCAGUAACAAGAAAUUUUAGUGAUCGAAAAUAUGUUCUAUUUAUUUUACUUCCUUUACAUCUACUGUUUCAUUUAAUAUGGUUAUAAUAUAGUUAUCGAUUCUUUUUCUUACAUAUAUUCUAAAAAUGUAUCAGAAAAAUUCCUGAUAACAGGUAAUUAUAGUUAUUGAGCAAUAUUUUCUAAAAAAAAAAAAACAACAUAUUGUAGGUACGAAAUAACACUUCUCUUUCUUAUUUAAUAUUAAAACAAUUACGUUAAAUUAAAUAAAAAAAGAAAAGAAAGGAAAGUUUUUAUGUAGUAAGCAAUCGUUAUUGUAUGAUUUAUUGCAUUUAUUAAACAACACAAUCUUCUUUCGACGUCAGAAAAAUAAUCCUUGCAUUUAUAAUCGAAAAAAAAGAAAAGAAAAAUGUUCUUUUUUUUUAUAAAAAAUAAAAAAAGAUAUAAAAGAUGUAAAAUUUCUGCAGAUGGACGCAUGGACAUAUGAAGGUUACUUAUAUGUUCUUAAAUAGGGUCAUAUGUUUUUGAUUACAUUGAUGAAUGCAGCUCGACAUUCUCUAUAAAAAAAAUAUUAGCCCAUACAUGUCAAAUAAUUAUUAAUUUAAGAGAUAUUUAUAAACGUUUACUUAGCACUUAUCUUGCGCUUAGUCUGAGUUUACUCUGCGCUUACUCUACAAUUACUUUUGCAUAAUUGUUUCAAGUCUCCAUGGCUUUUCUAAUUCUAGGGAUAUUCCAUGUAAAUGAAAAACGUAGCUAUUAAUAAUGUGGACAAAAUUUUCUUCUAUAAAAAUGAAUUUAUUUAUCAAUUAUUUAUUAAUUUAUGUAAUUUUAUAAAUCGGCCGCAAUUUGAAAUUUUGAUUCGGGAAAAUAUGAUGAAUAAAGUUCUUAAGAAUUUCUUUUAUAAUAAUAAUUUAUAACAAAUGAUUAAUUAAUUAUUAAUAAUGCUUUGAAAUAAUAGAGAUUUAAAGCGAUGUUUAAUUCAAGACUUUACGACUUUUAAUUCCGGAGAUAUUUCCAUGUAAAUGGAAGAUAUUUACUAGCCUAUAUAAUUUUAUUUAAAUUGGCACGACGACACACUGCCCUAUAUAAAUUUCAAGAAUUAUGCGGAUCAGCUGGACUAUACUAUAUUAUUACUACGAACAGAUGUACUGUACGAAUUAUGAAUUAAAAUUUUUUGAAGGCGAUGUCUUUUGAACGAAAAAUUGUAGAAACUUGAAACAAACACCGUUUUCAAUUAUAAUUUAUUCUUUAUUUAUUUAAA